AUGGACAAAGUUCUGAUUGUAAACUGCUGCUUGGGGAUCAUGAGCUUAAUGCUUCUGCAGGGUGUGAUCUGUGCGGACGGCAGGACCAUUUUGACGUCUGGUAACCGACUCUACAUCCCCAAAGAAGACACAGACGUCCAGAGUAAAAUACUCUCUCUGUUGCUGCAAAAAGGUUUGGCUCCUGUUGAGAGGAAUGAUGCUUUAGGCCUUGAGCUGAUGAAUAAAUUAUCUGACCUCGAGCAGCUUGAGGCCCUGAGGGAGGACCUGGCUCUGGAGAGAGAGAUCACAGCCACAUUAGCGCAAGGCAAAGCCAUGUCUCGGAAGAGGGGUGAACCCUGUUUUUGGAAGUACUGUGUGUGAGGGAGACACAACGGGAAAACAGCCUCUGUGAAAUCUUGCUGCAAAGCCCAACAUCGCCUUAAGGACGACAACACCAGUAAUGUAAUAACACUAUACUUUACCCAGCAAUAUACAGCAGAGUCCUAAUCGUCAGUGCAAAUGUACUUUUAUUUUCUCUUUUUACUGCCGUGGAUGUACAUAUCUGAUUGUCACUAU